AUGGUCUCGUCUGAGGCAGCAUUUUCAACAACGUUGGAAUCCACAGUGGGAUCUGUGCCGCUGUUCUCCGCCAUCUUUACUCCUCUUCAAAUUCACUACAUCCAGAGAGGAAGAGGUUGUUGCAUGUUUUCCUCCUUUAACGUGAUCAUGAGGACCACUGAGAAAGAGCUGUGUAACCAAGAGUGGCCAGCAUGUCAGUGACCGUGACCAAUGGCAAAAGGGUGGCUGUAUUUACCGUGAACACUAAAGAAGGAAGCAGUUGGCCCCUGCUGUGUCAAAUACUUGGGACCCUGUGCUACAGCCCAGCAAGCUCUGUGUCCCAGGGACCUUGGAGGCUCCAAGCAAAUUCCCAGUCAGCUCUGGGGACUAUACAGAUCAUGGUGGGAGUACUCAACAUUGACUUGGGAGCGAUCCUUGUUAGCACUGAUUAUACACUGGCAGGGUAUAGGGUUCCUUAUUGGCUUGGUGGUGUGUUUAUAGCAGUUGGCAUCAUGUGUAUAUUGGCUGAGAAGUUCCCCAGUCCCUGCUUGGUGGGCAUCAAUAUGUUGACGAACCUGUCAGGUGCUUCUCUGGCCAUUGCUGGAAUUGUGCUGGCAAACUGCCAUUUCUGGUGGAGUUGCAAUGAUGAUGACUACAUCUGGCGAGAUGACUACUAUGGCAGCCAGGUGAGACAACUACCAAGUCAUCCGCAGAGGGAUAGACUCUUGGCGAAAUGCAAAGAUGCCAAGCAGGUUUCACGGAUGUUGAUGAAUGCCUUGGACAUCGUGCUCAUCGUCCCUGCAGUCCUUCAGCUUUGUGUCACCAUCAGCUCUGCGGUGUUGGGUCUCAAGGCUUUGUACAAGGAUGGAAAGGAGGGAAAAGAGAACAUCCAGGACCUGGAGCAGCAUAAGCCUCUGCUGGAGGAGGUCACCACUAACCCUGCAGCUUAAAGAGCACAGAUCUGAUAUACUUUAUUGUCCACGAGGGUACAUUUUGUUGUGGAUGAUUUAGUGGUGCUGCUUCCACAUGAAAUCCAUAGAAUCAAAUGUAUUCGACAUCAAUGGAACAUCAUCAUCAUACACGCCCCCACACAUUUUUUUGUUUCAUACAUACAGUAUGUAGUACAUAUAGUUAACAUACAACCAGUGUCAAGUCGCAGUAAAUUAAGUAUGUCUUCAUGCAGUUUGAGUCAUGUUUUUUGUAUUUGUCAUUUUUACAAAACUGAAAGGACAGAUAAAGGGGAAUAUAUCAAGUUAA